CUCGAGCUCGUAAUUCUCCAUCCAACAGAAAGCCUUUACAAGUUUUGGCUGGGUUGGCACAGUCGUAUGAAAGCAGCCACUGUGCGGGGAUGGAACAUUGCCCAUCCCUAACCCCCCUCGGGUUACCCCUGUCUGUCACAUUCAAAUGGGCGGGACAGAGAAGCUGUAGAAAUCAUCCGGAGCUACAAGUGCAGAUGUUGACAGAGCAAACAGAGUGAAACACAGCAUCUCCGCGUUUAUAACCUAAACUCGACUGGACGCACUCGUUAUUUUACUUUCAACAUGGGGAAAGUUGAAGGCGGAAUGAAAUGCGUGAAAUAUCUCCUGUUUUUGUUCAACUUUAUAUUCUGGCUGAUGGGUUCGUUGGUUCUGGCCGUAGGACUCUGGCUAAGACUCGAUACAAAUACUGUCUCUCUGUUGGGGGAAAAUGGACCAGCUACAUUCUUUAUCGGUGUCUAUAUCCUUAUUGGGGCUGGUGGUCUGAUGAUGCUGGUGGGCUUUUUUGGAUGCUGUGGUGCCGUGAGGGAGUCUCAGUGCCUUCUUGGAAUGUUUUUCGCUUGUCUUCUGACCAUCUUUGGAGCAGAAGUUGCAGCCGGGGUGUUUGGCUUUCUAAAUAAAGAUGAGAUCAUUUCAGAAAUAAAAACGUACUAUGACAAAUCUGAAAACAACAACAACACUGCAACCAUCCAGUCCUAUUAUACCAUUUUGAACUGCUGUGGCUCAGCUUCAAAAAGCCCCAGUUCGUGUCAAGGAUUUUCAAACAAGACAAAUAAAUGUGAUUCGGCCAUUGAAGAGUUUUUCAACAGUAAACUCUUCAUCGUGGGAUAUGUAGGAAUUGGAAUCGCUGGAGUCAUGAUUAUCGGCAUGGUUUUCAGUAUGGUUCUAUGCUGUGCAAUCCGUAACAGCAGGGAGGUGAUCUAACACCGUUCUCCUCAUCCUUAAGUGACCUUUCACCUUUGACACUUAACCUUUGCUGGACAUACACCACCAUUUGGGCUAAGUUCAAGAAGUUCCACUCAUUCCACCAUGUAAACUCAGGACAACAAAACUCUUUUCACUUUCAAAAUGUAGCCCCUCUCUCAUUUACUUCAUCACAUCGCUGGACUGUAUUUAUUUAUGCCUGCUGGUUAGGUGCGUAGCUUUUCCAUAAGCAACAAAAAUAAGAUAUCAUUUUAAAACUUUUAAAAUCUUUUUAACAUAAUUUUAAGUUAAACAUACAAAUGAAGUGCAUAGCUUUUCCAAAAGCCAUAAUCUGAUCAGGUCUCUCUCGAAACCAAAAGCUUUGCAUGUAAACGCUUGUGUGUUAUUCUUGGCAGUUACUAUGUGGCGUCACAUGUCAGAUAAAAAUAUGAUGUAAUGUGAAGCCAGGGGUUCUGUGGCAUGCCCAUGGCGAGUGGGUUUAAUGAUCUCUUACCCAGAGACACCAACAAAACAGUCUUUUACAUCGCAGAGACAUUCCAAUACAGAAAUCUAAUGGUUUACAUGUGCAAACUUGCAUGUUGAAGAGCUGACGUUUUUAGUAAACUCUUUUUUUGGUUUGGUUUACCUAGAAUUUAUCCGUACUCUUUCUAUUUAAAAGAAACGUAGAACAAAAUGUAGCAAAUUCCCUGUUUAGUGUUGGGACUCGUGCAAAGAUGAUCAGGUUUCUGUUGAGGUUUCUGCAGUUCAUUUGCAAUAUCCAUAAUGGCACAGCCCAGUAUCCUUGGGCUUGUUGAAGCCAAAUCUUCUCUUAUAAUAUACAUGGCAAAUUUUUUGGUGUAGAGUUUCCUGGUUAUUUUACUUACGUAACUAAAUAAAGACUCUACACUAAAGACGCUGUGGUUGCAUACUGGUGAACCUGAAAACUGAAGCACAGGAAAUGAAAGUAAUUAGACAAAAAUAUAAAACUUCAAUCUGAAUCAGUAAAUGUUUGAUUUUUUAGGGUAGCUGAUAUCAAAUUUCAAGUAGCGAGAGCUGCGUUUUGCAGUGUGACUUGAAAUUAUUGAAAUGAUUAUUUUACAAUUGUCCAGUUGAUAGCAUAUUAAAGGUGCCGUAGAAUGUAUUUACAUAGGCAUAGAUGAAUAAUACGAGUUCGGCCAUGGUAAUGACAUAUCGUGAGACUUAAACACGAAUGUUUCCCUUAUAUUUAUAUAAACCUUGUGCAUGCAAAAGACCGCUGGAAAACAGGCCAAUCUCAACAUAACACAGACUGUGACGUUAAACCCGAGAUGUACGGCCCAACAUUAAAGGUAUAGCGGAAGAAUUUCCCAAAUUUUUUUGGACAUUUAGAAAAAAUACGGUGAGAAUGCAAGCUUCAAUGAAUGGCUGAAACCGUAGCCCACCACACAUAAACACUUGAAAGUGCGCAUGCGCAGAAAGCGAACCUAGGUACAAGCACGGCUUUACGUAAACAUAUCAUCAGAAUGAUUGACAACUGGGAUGACCAAUAGUCUUGAUGAUCCACCCGGAAAAAGAAAAUCUUCCGCUAUACCUUUAAAUUACACAUUCAAUUAAAACUGCAAGCAGUGAUGGAAGGGCCCUCGCACACAUGACACCGCCACGCCGUGGCAUAAGAAUUAAAGGGAACAGUAGUAAAUAGGCAUUUAAGCAUGUAAACAUAGGUGAACCAUUUAAAAGUGUAUGAGAGUAUGAGUGACUACAUGUAAAUAUUGGCACGUAGAUGUGUUCAGUCCAGGACUCUUAUUGAUCAUGUAAAAUGUAGGGCAGAUCUGACUUUGAAUAAUCAGUGUAAAACAUCUUACUUCUUGUUGCCAGCAGGUGGCGCUAUGGCCAUAAGUGACUUUUGGCAUGUAGAUGUGUUCAGUCCAGGACUCUUGUCAAUUAUGUAAAGUUUGGGACAGAUCAGACAUUGCAUAAUCAUUGUAAACAUGUCACUUCCUGUUAACAGCU